GUAUUUUAUUUAUAAUUAGUGCUACUGAAUUAUUUAUUAGUGUUUUUUUAUAAUAAAAAUCUGUAAGUAUCGACUGAAUGCUGUGUUCUCUUCGAUUAAAAGUCAGAUAAGAAGUGCAUUAAGGCAACUACACUAAUAACAGUAAUAAAAUAAACCAAUACGAAUGUUGAUUUUAUGUCGAUACUUGCUUUUUUAAUAUUUAUUCAUUAACUGUCAAUGACGGUGGCAUUCUUGAAACAGAAAUGGAAACAAAAACUGUAAAGUAUGAAAAUUUCACUGAAAUGUUUUUGAAAGAUGAUGACGCUGUGAUAAAUCGCAUGGCGAUUUUAGCAGCCAAAAUUGCAUACUUCAAUUUCGAAUGGCGUUAUGUUACCCUUGUGUUAUUUACCACGGUUCAGACUGCGGCGAUAAGUUCAUUUGUAACAAACUACAAUAAAACUGUGGCCCUCAAUACAGGCCAAUUUAAACUGCAUUAUCGUCGCCACAUACAGCAAUUCGUAAUUUUCAGCGACGAUUUUUCAGAUAUAUCCAACAUACUGAAUAUGCUUGUCACAUCCAAAUAUAAUUCUAACGGUAAGAUUAUAAUUAUUUGUGCUCAAGAUAAAUGUGACGAAGAACAAGUGUUUAAAACCUUGAUGAAAUCAGUUAUGAUUAACGUAAUAUACUUGAAACCGUCAAUUGUAUAUCGCGAAGAACCUUCGGUAUACUGGUAUAGAAUAGUUCGUCCGAGAAAAUGUUUCAGCAGUAAACCUGAAAGGUUGGACGUCAAUAUAAAUUGUGAAAACAAUGCGUGCUUCAAGAAUCUUUUUCCAGAAAAGUUAUCAAAUUUUUACGGAUGCUCGUUAUUCAUUGCAACUUUUCAACAACCUCCGUUUAUGUACCUUGAAAACGACACAAACAAAAUAUCGGGUAAAGAUGGAAAUCUAGCGAAACUUAUUGCUGACGUCUUAAAUGCUUCGCUUGUCAUCAGGGUACCAAAAGAACACGAGUGGGGACAAUAUAAGAAUAAAAACUGGACAGGGUGUUUGGGUGAAAUCUUUAAAACUCGAGUUCAUUUUGCUAUGUGCAAUGCUCCCCUAACAUCAAACCUUUAUGGCAAUUUUCAAGUUUCUUAUCCAUAUUAUUAUAUGGAGGUUGUUUGGACUGCGAAAGUACCGCCUCUAGUACCCUCCUGGCAAAAAAUAUUGCAACCUUUUAAUCUUCCCCUAAAAUUGACUAUACUGUCCCUUUUUCUUGGUAUAAUUUUGUUGAAUAUGCUUCGGAAAACAAUUUUUUUUAAUAAUAUAAGGCGCGUUUGUAAUAUAACGCCGCCUAAACGUAAUUCUCUCUUUUACGCAUGGCUUUUGUUUCUUGGAUUACCUUUAGAGAAAUUCUCAUCCAGAAAACAUUUUAAAAUCAUCAUUUUGGCUUGGAUUUGGUUUAGCUUUGUUAUACGAUGUGCAUACCAGGUUACUCUCGUCACUAGUUUGAAAAGCAUAACCUAUAAUUAUAACUUGCGUUAUGAUAGCGACAUAUUGAAGUACCCAUUUGGAGGAAUGUCAUCAAUAAGAGAUUACUUCAUCGAAGACAAAGAUUUCUAUGAAAAUUGGACUUCGGUAGACAUGCAAAAGGCUUACAAACUUUUAGAUGAAAUAAUGGAAGAGAAAACUGAUUUUGUGCUAGCUUUAAAUAAAGAUACAAUAUUACAUCAUGCUGCUGAACAUAUUGGAUCAAAACGGAUACAAGUUAUUGAUAAUUGCAUUGUAAACAGUCCGAUAGUAUUGUAUUUUAGAAAACAUUCGCCGAUGACAGAUCCAAUAGCCAAGAUAAUGAACGCAGCAUUAGAGUGUGGCUUCAUUCAAUAUUCGUAUCAGACGAACUGGAAGCGUCAAAAACACCUUUUGAAUUCUCACUAUGCCUACAAUCUACAACCUCUGACACUGGAUAAUUUUAGUGGUUGUUUUUUUUUAUUGAUUAUCGGAUACGGAAUAUCAAUAUUAUAUUUCGUUCUAGAGGUGGUAUGUCACAAAAUUGACAAAACAAAUCAGAGGAUUGAUCUUCGAGUUGAUCAAGAAUGAAUUGAUACAGAUGUUUUAAAUUCCAAUCUGAUUGCUUAAAUGUUCGCAUUCAGGUUCAUCCUGAGAACAGGUUAGUAGUACUAUUGUAUUGUCAUCUGUAUCAUAUAACCCACCUCUUCAUACCGAUUCGACAAUAGUUACUAUGCUAUAACCGUCCUACCCUUCGAAAUAGAAUACAUUAUAAACAUAAAUUUUAACAGAAAUUGUAACUCACAGUAUUUCCUUCAAAUAUAAGUAAAGAGGGAAACAAAGCAAUAUAGUCCUUUAGUAUUCACGUACCUGGUGUACAUAGGCAAUAAUUAGCUCUUCAUUUACAGUGCCUAUUCACCUACUACGAUUUGUUCCACACGACAACACUAUUUUUGCAAUGCUCAGCCUUACUAUAUGUUUUAUAAUAAUGGUUCUACGAAAGCAAGUAACUUAGUGCAUCGUUGGUUUUCCUCACAUCACAAGUUUGAAGCAAAAUGUCACUAUGCCUACACAAUAAAUAAAGUAUUUGUAAAUAAACCGAUUCAUUAAUUUCCCUCCAACUGUUUCGAAUACAUUUUUAAGGUUACUUAUUUUUGGUACCCCUUUCUUUAACUACGUAAAAUAUAAGUUUGUAAUAAAAGAAGUCUUUGUUUGUUUGUUGAUUAAACAAAAAGAACAUGCGAUCCUUUCUGAAUCGAUACAGCAUCACAGCCAAACUAGGCAGUGUUUCACUAGCUGUUAAUAUUAAUUCAGCUUAAAAAGUCAACAUUUCCAUGUAUUCAUUAC